AUGGAAAAUAUCGAGGAACGUAUAUCUAAACUAGAAGAUAUAGAGGAACGUACGUCUAAACUGAUGGAUGAUCGAUAUAUGGAGUUUAUUGAUUCUCUGAGAGGAAUAGUGCAAAAAUUGGUCCGUGAGGAAGUAAAAGACAUGAAGGAACAAAUAUUGCAAGAAUCUCUUACUCAGGCAGGAAAAGAUAUAGAAGAACGUAUAGGGCAAGAAUUGGUUCGGGCCAUAAAAGAAAUGGAGGAAGUUGCACUAAGAGCAAAAUCUGUAACCACUAUCGCUGGAGGUGUGGCUAGGAAUGUAGCAGAGUGCAUGUCAAAACUAGGAUCAAAGCCAUUCAUGAUUAGGGCUAUUGGGUUUGACAUGGCUGAAGAUACUUUGAUGAAAUGGAAAUCUGCUGGCUUAUAUGCAGAAGGUAUAUUGAAGGAUAAAGAUAUUGAAACACCAGUUGUAUGCACUAUAUUUGAUGUUAAAGGUGAGGUAGCAGCUGGUGUUGCUAGUGUGGAGGCUCUUGUGACUUUUUCUUCUCCAAAUGAAGAUAAACUUAUUGCAAUGGCAAAUGAUUUAUCUUGUAGUGAUGUGUUUCAACCACUUUCAGAAAAAAAAGGCAUUGAAGUGGUCCUAGUGACCAUUGGCUCUAAUGGAGUCUUUUUAUGCAAUAAAGAAGGCCCUAACUACUUAAAAAAACCUAGAGAGAAAAUAAAUUGGAGUGGUUUUGGUGGACAAUUAUACAAGAGUUUCAUGCAAAAUUGCCCACCUAGUCCUUAUUCUGGCUUUUCAAAACUUGAUAAAAGCUCUCCUCUUUGUGCUGUGCAUUUUCCAUCUCUUCCUGCUUCAGUUGUGAGGCUUACUGGUGCUGGUGAUUGCUUAGUCGGUGGAACACUCACAUCAAUUUGUGCAGGAUUAGAUAUUAUGCAAAGUGUGUCAGUUGGCAUUGUAGUGGCUAAAGCUGCAGUUGAGGCUGAGGCUAAUGUCCCUAAUUCUUUCAAUUUAUCAGCUAUCGCAGGGUUCUUCUCCAACAUGCCUGAGGCUGAGCUUGAGAAUAUUGUUGUUGUCACUCUCUCUAAAUGUGCUUCCAAUGAUAUAACCUUUGUUCUUGACCUAAUCUACCAUCUCUCUUGUUGGCAUGGACCAGCCAAUGAGCCUAUAGCCUACCCUGCACUCAAGUUUCAUACCACCAUUCAUCCUCCAUCAUUAUCAUCAUCUCUUCCUCUCUCUCGUCCCUAUUAUAACAAGUUGACAACACACAAAACCCACCACCACUUUUCAUAG